GCAGAUUGCCGUCUGCUACUAACCAAGUUGUAUUUGGAUUGUUUUGAUUGUUUUUUAUUUAAUUCAGUUUAUGGUUUAAUUUUAAAUCUAUUAGGAAUACUGUACGUUUUCACUAGAAAAAAUGAGAUUACGCUGUUUACUUUGUUUGAAGAAAACGAUGAUUCUAAUUUCCAUGUCCAGAAAUUUACCAUUGGCAUUGGGUAAAUUUUUAACCGAAUAAAACUGUGCUCAGUCAGUUUCGUCAAUUCACCAGUCAAUCAUGGGAACCAGUUCCGGAUUUUGAUUAAUAUCUUGGUGACCCGAAAAAUUAUGAAACUAUAGAGACAAAUAUAAAGUCCAGAAAAGGAACAGGAAGCAUCAAAUUGUUUAUGGAGUUGCUGUCAAAAUUUAACAGCUCGCAAUCAGCAAAUAAAAUGGAAUUGAAGAAAACACUGUUGGCUGAAGCACUUAAAAUACCCAACAAUUCACAUCCUAGGUUGCAUACAUAUGGUGACACUCUUCAUGCUGUCGAAACUCCAGAUGUACUUCAUUCCAGGCUAAUUGAAAGUUGUAGCAUGGACACUAAAAGUGAACAGACACAGGUUUACAAAUUGGAGCCCAAGUUCUAUGGAAACAAAUGCUUGUCCAGUACGGCAGACGGCUUUAGCUUCUUAUUUUACAGCAUCGGCAGUACCCGUUUCUGAGCUCCCGAUUUAAAUGGCCGCAGUCAGUCGUUUUUAUCGCGCUGAAUCUUCAAACGUCCAGGAGGAAAGAGGCAUUUACAAGCACGGUUGAUCCUUAACUUUAAGUUAGUUUGAAAUCCGUUCCUUUCCACCUAAUUCCGUGUGAAUAUUUUAUUGAGAAAAUGUACAAAUUAGGCCAAUAAAUCCUUCAAACGUU